UCUCACUGACUCACCCUAUUGUGUUUCUGAACACUUCAUCGUCUUCUCUUUACUCAUACUCUUGUCUCCCCUUCACUUCUGCCACUCCUUUAACCCCCUGUCUCCACGCCAUCUCCUUGAUGGUAUUUCGUUUGCCGGCUUUGUCACGUCAAAUUGCUUCAAUAGGAACCAUCCCCCACAGACUUCAAAUCUGCAGUAAAGUAGCGUUUCGACGAAUCUGGAUAGCUACCAUGGCUACACAAGCACGUACACAGCCACCCUGGAAGGAACCCCAGUCAUCUAUCCCUCCUAAACUGAAAGUCUGGAACUCAUUAACCCGGACUAAGAAUGACUUCAUUCCCAUCGACCCUGAAGGAAAGGAGGUAAAAUGGUAUUCUUGCGGACCCACUGUCUAUGAUGACUCCCACCUAGGCCAUGCUAGGAACUAUGUCACCAUUGACAUUCUCCGGAGAAUUAUGGCUGGGUACUUCAACUUCAAUCUAAAGUUCGUGCAGAACGUGACAGAUGUGGACGAUAAAAUUAUUCUGCGCGGACGGCAGCAGCAUUUGUUGGCCAAAUUCAAAGCAGAGAAUCCAAAACUAACCAAGCAAGUGCUGGAAACGACUGUCAGGGCUUUCGAUGCGUAUGUGAAGAAAAAUCUCCCCUUGCUGAGCCAGGACUUGAGACCAGAAGACUUCAACAAGGAAUCGUCGGGAAAAUAUGCCCAUGUCAUUGCGGGGAAGUCACUAGACGGAAUAGGACCACCGACCGACGAGGAAGCGAAGAUCAAGAUGCACUUGAAGACAGCAGGCUCGGCAGCGACUGCACUUCUAGCAUCCUCAAAUUUGACACAGACAGACGUAAACGAGUUCUACACUGGUGCCGAGGAUGUCUUACUCCCAUAUCUAGACAGCUUACAUGGCUCAGAUAUCGACUCUGAAGACCGCUCCAUCUUUACGAAGCUGACACAGAAGUUCGAGGCUAGAUUCAAUGAGGAUAUGAGGAGUCUAAACGUGCUGGACCCGGAUGUCGUCACUCGUGUAACAGAGUACGGCCCUCAAAUUGUAAUGUUCGUAGAAAAGAUUGUCGAGAACAAGUACGGGUAUCAAACUUCGGAUGGCUCAAUAUACUUCGACAUUGAUAGUUUCGAAAAAACACCUGGCAACCACUACGCUCGCCUUGAACCUUGGAAUCGAAACAACAAAGAUCUUCAGGCAGACGGUGAGGGAGCGUUGACGAAGAAGCCAACGGAGAAACGUGGUGACGCUGACUUCGCCCUGUGGAAAUCAAGUAAGCCAGGUGAGCCAGCCUGGACAUCGCCCUGGGGACCCGGCCGUCCAGGAUGGCACAUCGAGUGCUCGGCGAUGGCUAGCGAUGUCCUAGGGUCACAGAUGGACAUCCACUCUGGUGGAAUAGACUUGUGCUUUCCUCAUCAUGAUAACGAACUUGCACAGAGUGAAGCCCACUUCUCUCACAAGGAGGGCGGCCACCAGUGGGUAAACUACUUCCUCCAUAUGGGCCACCUCUCAAUAUCAGGCUCCAAGAUGUCCAAGUCCCUCAAGAACUUCAUCACUAUCCGUGAAGCUCUAGCGCGUGGUGAUUGGACAGCCCGAAGCCUCCGCAUCAUCUUUCUCCUUGGCGGCUGGCAUGACGGCGUUGAGAUCACAGACGAUCUCCGAAAAGCAGGCUCAUCAUUCGAAAGCUACGUCACGAACUUCUUCUAUAAAGUCCGGGAUCUCGAACAACAUCCUAAUACCAACGCAUCUGGGGCUGAAGACGAGAGAUUGCGGAAGCUAUUUGAAGCUGCGAAAGAGAGACUACAUAGCGCGCUUGCGGACUCCUUUGAUACGCCGACGGCUCUGCGCGCUAUAUCCGGCCUCAUUACAGAGUACAAUUCGACUGAUAAAUCUGGGCUCUCGGAUGCAGUGGUCUUCGACAUUGCUAAGUGGAUCACACGAAUAGUGCGCAUCUUCGGCCUCGACGGCUCAGCCGACCCCAAUGAUGGCACAACUGGCUGGUAUGGCAUUGACAUCCCUACUGAGGCGAAACAAUUCGUCUAUGCUGCCGCUCGCGAGCGCGACGAAGUCCGCCAGCACGCAAUUGCAGGAGACUUAUCAGACUCAGUCCUCGCAUCCAUCAUCGCGAAAGACAGAUUCGUCCCCCAGCAAGAUGCAUCUGCAGCCCCCUAUGCAGAGGUGUUGUCAUCGUUUCAGGAGAACUUGAAGACUCUUGCGGAGAAGAAAGCCCCCGCUAAAGAAUUCCUCGCCCUUUGCGACAAGCUUCGGGAUCUCGAUCUCUGGAACUUGGGCGUCUAUCUCGAAGACCGAGAAAAUUCUCACGCAAUGGUACGGCCGAUUGAUUCAGAGCUACGCGCCGCUCGUGACCAGAAGGAAGCCAUCGCUCGACAGAAGCGUGAAGCGAAAGAGAAGCGGGAGAGGGAAGAAGCAGAGAGGAGAGCGAAGCUUGCAGAGCAAGCCAAAAUCGAUCAUAAGGAGAUGUUUAAGACGGAGGAGUUCAGUGCGUGGGAUUUAGAUGGCAUGCCCACUAAGGAUGCGAAGGGUGAGGAUGUGCCGAAGUCGAAGAUGAAGAAGUUGAAGAAGGAGUGGGAGAAGCAGAGGAAGCUACAUGAGGAUUACCUUAAGGGUAUUGGGGCGGCUUAAGUAUAGGCUGGCUGGAUGUAUGUUUCCGUAGUCUUCGCGUCGGACGGUUGGUAUUCUGAUUACCUGAAAACGUAGGCGUAUCGUUCACUCUUGGGAAGAUCCCUUCCCUCAAAUCCUCCUCCUUUUAUUAGUUAAAGGGAAGUUAUCCCCUGCACUAAUUCAUUAUCUA